UGCUAGUGUGAAGUUGUAAGCUGUGAAUUUGUGUUUAAAUCACGCUUUUUUUUAAUUACUAAAAAUAUUCAGAAGAUGUCUCGAACUCAAGGCACAAUACUUGUUUUGGAUAUAGGACGAAAUGUUUCUGUUGUAAAUGAGAAGGAAGAAAAAAGUUUUUUUCAAUGUGCUAGAGAAUGCGCGGCUCGAAUCAUAGAACGAAAAAUAUUGAGCCAAGGCAAAAACCUAAUUGGAAUAAUUUUAGUGGGAUCAAAUACUACUGAUAACAAUCUUGCAAGGCAAUUUGAUGGAGCGUUCAAGCGCAUUCAAGUCAUAGACAUGGUUACUCCCACUUGGCAAAUGAUCAGACAGCUGCCGGAACAGCCAACAAACACCAAAGGGGACUGGUUUGAAGCACUUAUAGUUGCAGCAGACUAUUACAAGAAUGUCCUCUCUGGAGUGAAGUUAGAAACCAAACAGAUAAUACUGCUAACUAACUUCAAGAAGAGUGUAUCUUUAGAUCCAGAGAACAUUGAAGAGGUCUUAAAUGGAUUCACAGAUGAGGGCUAUGAAGUAAGUGUCAUUGGUCCAGACAUUGAAUCUAAACAAUUUCAAGAAAAUGAGUCAGUACAGUUAGUCAAACAGUUUAUAGACAGCACCGGUGGUGUAACAAGCACUAUAGAAAACAUCAUGAAGUAUGACCUACUCUUCCAUAGGAAGAAGCUUGUCAAGGGAACACCAUGGAAUGUUGAUCUAAGCAUUGGUCCAAAUAUUAAAAUACCAGUGUCUGCAUACAUCAGAACCAGAGAUGAACCAGCAGUGAAAGGCUGGGUGAAAUCUGUCAAAGACCCUGUCACAGGCAAGUCCAGCAUAUAUGAAUCUGUGACUAAAACAAAAGAAUACAUCAAUGAAGAAACCGGCCAGGCAGUUGAUGCAGCUGAUAAAGUAGCAGGUCACCUCUAUGGCCAGAAGAUUAUACCAUUAGGUGACUUUGACAACAAUUUGUUGUACCAGUCUGGAGUCAAAUCCUUAACAGUAUAUGGUUUCACUUCAGCUGACAAUAUUCAAUGGCAAAACCUAAAUGGUGAUGGUUUAUCAUAUGUAUUUGGCAGAAAGGGUGAUAAGAAAGCACAAAAGGUUAUUAGAUGUAUUGUGGAAUGCCUUCAUGAACUAAAUCUUGUGUGCAUAGUAAGAAAAGUAUACAACAACAACAAUUUACCAAAACUGAAUGUUCUUAUGCCUGUCAUUGAUACUAACAAUUAUGUAUGCCUCUCCAUGAUUGGUUUAUGUUACAAAGAUGAGAUUAAACAAAUGUCUUUUCCCACAACUAACUUAAAAAAAUACAAAUGUUCAGAAGAGCAAGUGGAUGCAUUCAAAGAUUUAAUCAGUGCUAUGGAUUUGACCGAUGCAUAUGAUGACACAUUUGAUGACACUGAAGCAUUCCCUGUGGCAGAGUGUGUGAGUCCUUCAGUACAGUAUGUGCUGGACUGCAUUGCUUUCCGUGCACUGAACCCAGACCAACCAUUACCAAAGCCAAGAGAAGAGAUAAUGACUCUAUUCAAAGUACCCCCCUUACUGCAAAAGAAAGCUAGAAAACCUCUCGAGAAAUUGAAAAGCUUAUUCACCUUGACCAAAGUAGAAGUAAAGAAAAGGCAUAAUAAAAAUCUAAUGGAUAUUGAUCAAGUGCCAAAUCCAAACCUGCAAACUGAUGAUCCUGUCACUCCAAACAUACCUAAAGUUCACAUGCCUGCCAAGGAACAGAUUGUGGAUAGCAUUAAAAGCAUCAGCACUAUCAACCCUAUUGAAGAUUUCAAAGCUCUGCAAAGUCAGAAAAAAGAUAUAUCAGAGCUAACUACUGGAAUGAUCAAAGCUAUAGAGAGCUUAAUUCUCAACAAUAUUGAUGGAAAGUAUAAUAAAGCAUUGGAUGCUAUGAAGCACUUGAGAAUGGAAUUGGUGAAAACUGAUCCUACUGAUUAUAAUAAUUGGAUAAAGAAAUUGAAAACUGACUUGAUGGCAUGUGGUAAGACUGAAGUAUUGAAUCAAAUUGUUGAAAAUCAAGUCAGUUUUAUAUUGAAGACUGAGAAUAGUUUGAGCACUUAUGAAGAUGAGCACAGCCAUGAAGAAAGUCAAUUGUUUGAAAAUGACACUAUCCCCAACUCAACCGAGUUGACCAUCAGCUCAGAUGUUCUGAACAUGUUUGAUGAUUAAUUUAGUAGCAUUGGAUAUGGAUGGAUAGUCUGGAUACUUAAGUGAUGCUAAAAUGU